AUGCUAGAAACAUCCAAAGUUUUUAUCUUGGCUUCCUUUUUUUUCUUUCCUUUUUCUUUUCUUUCCUUCUUCUUUUCUUUCCUUCUUCUUUUCUUUCCUUCCUUCUUUUCUUUCUUUCUUUCUUUUCUUUCCUUCCUUCUUUUCUUUCCUUCCUUCUUUUCUUUCCUUCCUUCUUUUCUUUCCUUCCUUCUUCUUCAAUAUUUUCUAUUUUGUUUGAUACUUCUAUUUAUUUAUUUUUUUACUCUUUUCAUUUUUGUUUAUUGUUUCAUUUUUUCUUUGUCAUUUUUCUUGUGCCUUUUCAUCUUUUUUCACUUUCUCAUUUUUUUCUUUUUUCACUUUUUCUUGUUUUACUUUUUAUUAUUGUUUUUUUUCUUUUUUCACUUUUUGUUUUUUUUUUUUUUAACUUUUCUUUUCAUUUUUCACUUUAUUUUUCUUGUGUUUUUCUUUUUUUUUAACUUUUUCUUAAUCUUUUUUUUCACUUUUUUCUUGUGUUUUUUAUCUGUUUUUUUUUUCCUUUUUCACUUUUUUUUUUUUUUUGAUUUGUGUGUUGAUGUUUUCCAUUUUCUUCUCAUCUGUUUUCUUUUUUUCUUGUCUGUUUUUUUCUGUUUUCACUCAGGUUUUUGCUUUCUUUUUUUUUCUUUUUUAUUUCUGUUUUUUGCUUUUCUGUGUUGGGAAGGCGGAAGCAAAUUUUUUUACCAUUUUUUGUUCUCUUCUGUUUUUGCUUUCUGUUUUUUUUGUUUUGUUGGUAUUCUUCUUUUCUUUCCCUGCUUAAGAUGCCCUCUUGAUGCUGGCAACCCUGGCCCACCAGCCAUAUAUCUAUCAGAGGCCUACUAG